GAGCGGACCUGCGUGUUUGAGGCUGCGCUGCGCAGAGACGGCGGAGAGGUGCGCAGCGUCCAGACGCGCAAGUGGAUGGAAAGAACCCACUGCAGUGGAGAAACGCUGGUGCCCCGUGAGCCGCAGCAGACGGGGACAAACGUUUGCAUGAGUCAAAGGGGAAUCAAGAGUUGAGCUUAGUCUUCUUUUUCCACAAUGGCACGGAUUUUCUCUCCGGCUGAUGCGCAUUUUGCAAAGAUGACAUAGCACUUGAGAACAUGGGAUUCGUCCAGGACCAGAACUCACUCACGACCUGAAUGAAAACAGAAAGGGAUUCUGCGCACAUCGGACUCUAGUUUUGUUUUGCUCCCCCCUCAUUUAACCUGACCCGCCGCGCGCGCGAGUCAACGCAGGGUGAAACAUGAAUCUGGCGAAAGCGCUUCUGUUUUUCCUCCUGUCACACUUUGUGACAAUGACUUUGUCGCUCUCCACUUGCACCACUGUGGACAUCGACCACAUCAAGAAGAAGCGAGUGGAGGCGGUGCGGGGACAGAUCCUCAGUAAACUCCGUAUGACCAGUCCGCCUCAAACAACAGGUCCGAGUCAAGUCCCGUAUCAGGUUCUGGCCCUUUAUAACAGCACCAAGGAGCUCAUUGAGGAGCUCGGGAGGGACAGGCAUCAGAGCUGUGGACAGGAUAACACGGAGACCGAGUACUAUGCCAAAGAGAUUUACAAGUUCAACAUGAUCAGUGGUCCGCCAGAAAACAACGACCUCCCCUACUGCCCAAAGGGCAUCACCUCCAAGGUGUUCCGCUUCAACGUCUCGGCCAUGGAGAAGAACUCCACCAACCUGUUCCGGGCCGAGUUCCGGGCCUUGCGGAUCCCCAACCCUGCUGCCAAGAGGAACGAGCAGAGGAUCGAGCUCUACCAGAUCCUCCAGAAAGACGACCCCAAAGCCAAACAGCGCUACAUUGGGGGCAAGAAUGUCCUGACCAAGGGAACGCUGGAGUGGGUCUCCUUUGAUGUCACGGAGACAGUGAGGGAGUGGCUCAUGUACCGGCAAACCAAUCUCGGCCUGGAGAUCAGCGUGCACUGCCCCUGCCACACGUUCAGGCCCAAUGGGGACAUUAUUGAGAAUGCCAAUGAGGUGCUGGAGGUCAAGUUCAAAGGUAUGGACUAUGACGACCUGAGCCGGACCAAGAAGCAAAAGGAGCAGCUCUACCCCCACCUCAUCCUGAUGAUGCUCCCCCCCCACAGGCUGGACUCGCAGACGUCUUCUCGCAGACGCAAGCGGGCGCUUGACACCAAUUACUGCUUCAACAAUUAUGAGGAGAACUGUUGUGUGCGACCACUAUAUAUUAAUUUCCGCCAGGACCUGGGCUGGAGGUGGAUUCACCAGCCGGAGGGGUACUACGCCAACUUCUGCUCCGGCCCCUGUCCCUACCUACGCAGCGCAGACACCACCCACAGUUCGCUGCUGAGCCUCUACAACAUGUUGAACCCUGAAGCGUCUGCCUCGCCCUGCUGUGUUCCUCAGGAUCUGGAGCCCCUCACGAUCCUCUACUACGUGGGCCGCUCCCCCAAAGUGGAGCAGCUCUCCAACAUGGUCGUCAAGUCCUGCAAGUGCAGCUAAAGCUCAGGGCUCCGGGGCCCAGAGACACGGGAUGCUCCCAGCACUACUCAGGAGCGGGUUGGAGCGAGGGUCGUCCUCCCGGGACCCCCCUCGGCUUCAGCCUGAGCUCUCACACAACCCACCAUUCUGCUCCGACACCACUCCACCAACAGCGCCCCGUCAGACCUUCUGCCAACAUCCAGCCACCUCGUCUCCACGUCAGCGUCUCAGCGUGUACGUGCAUUUGAAACAGCCUGUACCUCAGCGUUACGUGACAUUGGCCUUCGAAAGCUGUCUAAAUGACACGACCACUGCAUUCUGGAGGACGUACAAGUUUAGAGAAGAAGUGAGUGGGAAUGCAGACUAAACUCUAGUAGCAUAAAGUAAUAGAAACACAUCCCUCAGACACCUUUAUGUCUGAUGCUUCUACAUCUCGGCUCCCUACACUGUUUAUUUAGGGUUGAAUGCUGUUAAAUAUAAAUGAAUGCUAGGAAAAAACGAAACAUGCUGGAAACCGACCUUUAUUUCAAAUAGUAUUUCCAUGGUUAUGUUUACCUCUGUGAUGCAACAGGACGGUGAUCCCAGGGAUAGUUUCAUUUAAAGUGAAGCCUUUCUGUUGUAUGAGACGAUGUAUGUCACUAAGUGAACAAUUAACUAGAUCACAAACUGUAAAGGUUUUUUUUUUCUUUUUACUCUUGGAAACACUUUUUUUAAUUAAAAACAUGACAGAUGGAGGAAGAAUAGUUCUAUUUUCAUUAUUGGUGCACUUUUGCUUUGGUUGAAUAUUCAUUUAUCUAUCAUUUAUCUUUGAGCACAUUAUUUUAACAGGUAAUGUGGUGAAUAGAUGAACAGUACAAUUACUGAUUUCUACAAUUUCAUAUCACUGUCUGCUACAAAGGUUUUAAAUGAUUUCAAAAAAUAUUCCAUUGUCGUGCAUGUGUGUUGUAAACAAUCAGGAACAAAACAGACCAAACGGUCAGACUGUAAACAACGUCUGUAACACCACAGUAGAUAAAACACACUGACUUGGUUUCCUGUAAUACAGCAUGCACCGGCCCGAGCGGUAGUAAAUCCACAACAUGAAGAUCAACAUCAAUCACUACAAAAAAUCCAUCGCCAUCAAAUGUAAUAAAACUGCAUUGGAAGCUACAA